AUGAAGAGGCGUGCAUUGGGGCCGAUCGCGUUCGCCUCUAUGGACGAUCAGCCAGAUCGUUUCCCAGAAACGAACAGGGGCUCCGACAUCUUCGAGCUUCGGGUCCGUAUCAUUGGUGAUAACUGUUUAGAAUACUGCUUAAUGUGUUCAAUCAAAAGAUCUCUACAUAUUGUAUUUAGUAUGAUUUAUAUUUUCAAGGAAUUUUUUGAGAAGAGGAAACUUAAAUCAAAAUGUAAACUAUUAGAGCCACCGGUAUCACCUCAACAAAACUCUUCCGUUAGCUGGGACCUCCUUACUCUACAUAUCGUUAACCGUAUAGCUGCAAAGAAGGAAUCUGUUGAUGCAUCAAACAAAGUCAUUCAAGUAAAUAUGAUGAAUGAUAGAAAAGUACCAAUUAGACGACAUAACAUUGAGCUGCCAAUGUCUCCUUGCUCUAUUCCCUCUCAAAUAUUCCUGGAAGAAAGUCAAUGCAGCACACAGAAAAACGAAUGGAACAGCAGAAAACAAUUUACGAAUACAACAAACUUAAGAUAUGGAGAGCUUUCUCAUGGAGUGGAAUCAAAUUUGAUGCAAUAUAAUAUUCUGGACAAUUCAGGUCCUUUGACAAAUAAAUUAAAUGGAUUUCCUCAGACAAAUGCAUGGAUAUCUGGUAAAAAUGACCCUUUACAAGACAAUCUCCGCACAAAACUCUCUACUAUGUGGGACCCGACCUGUGGCGAUCAAGAGAUUUUACAGAAACAUUUUAUUUGUGAUGGCACGUCCCCAAGAAUUGACAUCAUUGAACAUACUGCCCUUAACAACAAAGAAAAUUUGGUGACACAUCAUAACAGUUUACCCAGACACUCUAAUGCCAGGUCCGUAUGA